UCUAUAUUUGGAGUUUCACUCUUCAAAACUUCAAAUUUGAAGUUUUGAAGUUUCUUUUUGGAGAGCAAAAAACUCUAUAUUUAGAGUUAUAGAGUUUCUUUUGGAGAUGCUCUAAUAAUGAAAAAAGGUCAAUGAUGCUGCGACUAAGUUCAAUGAAAGAUCAAUGGCCUUCUUGUACUUUUUAAGAAUAUUAUUUACAGUCUUCAUAGAAAUAUAUAGAUUUAUUGUGCGUUAAUCCUUUUGAAUUCGCCAAACGUCUAUCAUUCACAUUCUAAAUAAAUAAAUAAAUGAGGUACCAUUUGAUCAAAAAUAAAAAAAUAUAAAAAAAUAAAUGUGGUACCACAAGACUUCGUGAGAAUGACUUCUUUUGUAUACUAUUUUAAAAUAAGAACCAGAAACAUUCAAUAUAAUAUAUAUGCUGAAGAUUUUAUAUUUUCAAUGAAUAUUCUUUUUCAGUAAAAGUUUUACUGUCGGUAGAUUAUUAUAGAAUUUUGUCUAGUUUCGAAAAUCAAUGAAAUUUUGUGCUUUAUUUAUUUAUAUGUGAUAUCUAGACCUUCUCUUACCGGAACAUCAUAUUCUCUGCUUCAUCUCUCGAGAAACAAUCGCAUAUAUCCUUUUCUUAAUGAAUUCGCUUAUGCUCUUUCCUCUUUAAUGAAUUUGAAUAUUCGAUUCUACCUUUUUGUAUUUUCUGAAAUUAUUAUUUUAAAAAAGUUAAAUUCGAAAAUUGAAAAAAAAUUAAAAUUUCAAAAUUUUCAAUUUUUUUAAAAAAUUUAAAUUUUAAUUAUUAACGACAACUGAUCAAACUAUGAUAUACUAGUUUUCUUUAGUUUUACUCAGUUAUACUUCAUUAUACUGAGUAGUACUGAUAUUACUGAAUAUAUGUAUAUUGAGUUAUGCUAAGUUAUACUGGUAUUACUGAAUAAUACAGAAGGCAUUACCGAGUAAUACUGAGCUAAUGAUACCGAAACAUAAUAAGUACUACUGAAUUUGUUGAACCAAGUUCGACUAUGUUAGUUGAACCAGAUCAUACAUAAUUCAGAUCUACAAAUGCAUUAAAUAAAAAUGACGAAAAUAAAAGAAAAACAAGAAGAACCAUAAUUCAUAGAAAACAAUAAAAUCAUCCUAAAACAAAAACCUUAAGUCAAAGAAAAGCCUGAACUACGUUCACAGUAGACUCGCCGAAUAAAAAUCGUUCAUAAUAGACUCACCUUAAUAUAGAAACAAAGCCAAGUUCAACUUACCUUAACAAGUUUGAAUAACUCGCUGAGUUGAAUUACGUUCAUAGUAAAAUCGUCUUCAUCUAAGCACAAAACCUAGUUCAAUUCACCUUGACACGAGUAACUUGCCGAGUUGAAUGACAUUCACAGUAAAAUCGCCUUUGUUUGACUUUAACUCACCUUGAAAGGUAUGACUAACUCACUGAGUUGAAUGAUGUUAACAGUAAAAUUAUCUUCAUCUAGGCAUGAAGCCAAGUUCAAGUCACCCUGACAAAUACAAGUAACUCACUGAGUUGAAGUAAACUCGUCUUCAUCUAGACAAAGAGGAUUUUAACCCAGCUUGACAUGUACGAGUAACUGAGUUGAAAGAUGUUCACAGUAAAUUCGUCUUCAUUUAAGCACAAAAACGAGUUCAACUCACCUUGACACAUACAAGUAACUUGCAGAGGUGAAUGACUCUGAACAGAGUUAACAAUAAACUCACCUUCAUCAGAAACUAAGUAGUGUAUAACUCUCUUUGACAUGUUUGAGUUACUCUCCUAGUUGAUCAUCACCUAGUUGAAAGACUAGAAAUAGUUGGUAAUAAACUUGUCUUAAUCCCUUUCUGAAUGCAACUCUUCUUGACAAGUUUGAAUUACUCGGCUAGUUGAUCACCGUCUAGUUGAAUGACUCUGAAAAGAUUCACAAUAAACUCGCAUUGAUCAGGAACUUAGUUGAGUAAAACUUUCAUUGAUAGAUUUAAGUCACUCGUCUUGAUCAUCAUCUAGUUGAAAGAAGGAAAAGAAUCAUAGUAAAUUCGCUUAGAUCGUCAAAGGCAUAAAACUUCGAGGGAGUGAUCUAGGCACAUCACCAAUCCUCUAGGCACACACAUAUCAUCUAGGCAAUCGACAAUCGUCUAUAUGACUUUAUACAUAAAGUCAAAAAGAGCAAGUUCUCUCUAUAAACACCAUUUUGGCAAUUUGUCUCUUUUAUAAUGAACUAUAUGAUAUGUUUGAUACUCCUUCAAAUGGUAUGUAGACAACCUAUCUUCAGGUUCAACUAUUAUAUAAAAUAUUCAUUAUAUUUAUUCAUCUAGUUCAAAUCUGAGUACAAAAAAAGUUCUUUUGAACCCACCACCAUCAAAAUUAUGCAUACUUUCAAUAUGUAAAAUUCAGAUUAAACCCCUACUUUUUGCCCUUUUCUUCAGAUCAUCAUGAAUUUACUUGAAUUAAUGAUAAAACAUCACAUCUUUCUUUGAAAGCACUCAAACAUCUAAAACACCUGCAAAACGUAGAUGAAAGUUUUUUUUUUUGAAAAGCUUCAAAAACCACUGAAACAGUUUCAAAAGUUAGAACAAAAAACAAAGUAUAUCGCUAUGAAUAUUCCUCUUUUUCUAUACGACAAGAAAAUAAUAAUUAAUAUACAAAACAAAAUUUAAUUCUUUUAUUAUAUUUUUCUUCAGGACGUAAAGGAUGAUCCAUGAAAUAUACUGUUUGUAUUAUAGAAUCAAUCGAACCAAUCUCUGAGUUAAUAUCAAUUAUUUUAUCUUCAUCUUUUACCGUUUCAAAUCAGAUGGCGAUGUAAGAAGCUGCAGGCUGCACAAUAAUUAGUUUUAAAAAUCAAAUGGAAUUAAGAAUGUCAACAGUUUACUUAAUAUGUAAACUAAUAGAUGAAAACAUCAAUGAAAUUAAAAUAAUAAUAAUAAGUCCGCAUCAGCACAAGUAGAUUUAUUAUUAUAAAUAUGUAGAGAGAUGGUGGUAUUCAUAGUUCAUUGAGAUCUAAGAUCAGUUGAAUACCUUCUUCUAAUUUCUUUAAAAGAAUUUGCGCAUCUUUUUUUAAGGUCAAAACUAGAAGAAGAAGAAACUCAAUUUUCUCCACAGAGGAAAUAAAAUCCAUGGCUUCUUUGCGAUUCUCAGUCACCUUCCACACCUUCCUCUUCUUCUCUCUGUGGGUCGUGGAGGCACACACGUCAAGAAAGCUGAUAUCAACCAAGGAACAAGAAGUUCAGAACAAUAGCCAUUUGCUCAAAGAUGGUGAAUUCGAGGAUCCUACACUGUACAUGUUUUUCAAAAUCGAUGAUCUUAAAAAAGGAACCAAAUUGCCCAUUUACUUCAACAAAAACGAUCUUAGAAAAGUUCCUCCACUUCUCACAAGACAAGAAGCUGAUCUCAUUCCUUUCACUAAGUCUAAGCUUGACUUCCUGCUGAAUCACUUCUCUAUCUCAAAAGAGUCCCCUCAAGCUAAAGCCAUGAAGGAGACUCUGGUACGUUGUAACUACAAGGCCAUCGAAGGAGAGUACAAGUUUUGUGGGACAUCUUUGGAGUCAAUGCUUGAUCUAGCCAAGAAAACAAUAGCGUCUAAUGCAGAUCUCAAGGUCAUGACAACAAAAGUAAUGGUACCUUCCCAACAGUACACAAUAAACUAUGCUUUGCAUAACUAUACGUUCGCCGAGACUCCAAAGGAGCUUGUUGGGAUAAAGAUGUUGGGGUGUCAUAGAAUGCCAUACCCUUAUGUCGUUUACUAUUGCCAUGGUCAUAAAAGUGGUACCAAAGUCUUUGAGGUUAACUUGGUGACAGAUGAUGGGAAACAUCGGGUUGUGGGACCUGCUGUUUGCCACAUGAACACGUCUAUGUGGAACGUUGAUCACGAAGCUUUUAAGGUGUUGAAAAUAGAGCCAAGGUCCGCACCAGUUUGCCACUUCUUCCCUCUUGAUAACAUUGUGUGGGUAGCAAAGUAGGAAAAUAAACUUAGUUCCAUGUGAUGUGAGUAUAUGUGUCUUCUAAUAACUAUGGCUUGAAAGAAAAAAAAAAAAGAAAGCAAAAAAUGGACGGACUGUUGGUUUUGGUAUUGCCACUUUUGUGUGACUUGCAGCUUCUAACGUGAAAAUACAACGAAGAUUGAUGUAACAUAUUUUUUUUUUGGAAUAUAUGUAAAAUUUACUCAAAAAGAAAAAUACACUGUUUUUUCAUAUUGUGCUACAUGUUUAGAAAUAAAACAACUUCAAAACCUCUCAAACUCCACCGACAGAAGAUGGUUUGAUUCUUCGGUUCCCGGAGGCAACGUGUGGCUGGGUUCUCUAAUGUCGGCGUAGUCAACCGGUGGAGGAAGCCUGGUGUAGGUACACGGUGGGGCCUUACUUCCCAACACCAGCAACGGCUCUGCUUAUCCUCUACUUAUUUUUAAAAAUAUUUGACAAAAUUUCAGAAAUAGUAAUCUUCUUCUUUUUUUUGGGUCUAACCUACUUCAUAAAAUCAAGAUUACCAACAAAU